AUGGAAGAACCAGCGGAAGCAAUGUUGGAAAAUCUCUCACUAGAUGAUACGACAAAAAAGAUGCUUGAUAAUAUGACCGAAUGGGAAAAUUUAGGACAAGGUGUUAUCAUAGGCAAGAGGACGAUGAUCGAGUUGGAUGAGCGACGACAGAAAUGUCGAGAAGCAUUGAGACAAUUGAAAAAACAAACAAAAAUUAAUGGAAAUAAGAAAAGUAAAAAUUGGAUAUGCUUUGGAAAUACCACAUUUCUCAAGAUUGCAACCGAUCAAGCAAAGCAAAUGAUUGAAGAUGAUAUGAAGACUAUUGAUACGGUUCUUGAAGUAACUCGAGAAGAGAUCAAAAAUCAAGUGAAUAAAUUGAAGAAAAUGGAAAAUUGCAAGAGUCUUGAAGAUCUUGGCUUCAGUUUGGAUCCGAUUGCUUAA